AUGAGCACCGUCCCCGUCCAGAACAGCAACAGCAACGUCAGUCAAGACGGCAACUGCGGCGCCAACUCCGACUCCAGCGCGACCUGUCUCGGCUCGACCUUUGGCGACUGCUGCUCCGAGAAGGGCUACUGCGGCUCCACGGACGCCUACUGCGCCGUCGGCUGUCAGCUCUCGUUUGGCGAGUGCAACGAUGCCAGCGAGCAGACCGUUAGCAACACCGGGUCGUGCGGCGCGACGCUCACCAGUAAUGUUACUUGUCUUGGGAGUACUUGGGGCGAUUGUUGCUCGGAGAAGGGGUACUGUGGUGGGAAUGCGAGUUAUUGUGGGACGGGGUGCCAGGCGAUGUUUGGGAGUUGUGGGCUUGAUGCGACGACGACGGCGGCGACGGUGACAUCGACUUCGACUUCGAGUUCGACUUCUUCUUCCGCUUCGAGUUCGAGUUCGAGUACGUCCGCGACGUCGAGUCCGGCUUCUAGUGCGACACCAACCAGCGAUCCAGAGGGUAGCGGUGGUGAUGGUGGUCUGAGCAAGGGAGCGAUUGCAGGAAUCAGCGUCGGGUCUGCGGUCGGUGGGCUGGCGAUCAUCGCGCUGCUGGUUUGGCUGCUGUUCUUCAGGAGGAAGAAGGCGUCUGGGUCGGACGACACGGCGGACCUGGUCAAGCAGCCGGUGCCGGUGUACGGCGAGAUGCCGGGACAGGGCAUGCACGAGAUGGACGGAGGGAGGAAGCCCACGUACGAGAUGGAGGCCAGGGCGCCCAAUCGAGCGCCGGUCGAGCUGCAUGGUUGA